GGUGUUUUCUUGAUUGAAUAUUAUAGUAGGGCUAAUCAAUUAGAUUAAUCAGUUUCAUUCGGAUCGUUCAGCAGAGAAGUUUAGCUAAGUGAAAAUGGUGAUUAUACGCUACUACUGCCCACUGGAGGAGCAAAAACGGCAGCAAUUGUUGCAGAGUUUCCGUAAAGUAAACGCGAGCGUGUCGGAUCUGCAGGUGGAGAAAUGCUACCACGUGCAAAAUACGAAGUAUAAACAGUUCCCAGCGGAGGUUGAGGAACGCUUGCGGUGGAUACUGAAGGGACCACAGGAAGCGAAAGACCGUCUUUCAAGUGGGCCACGUUUAUCGAAGGCGAAAGCAAACCAGGAGUUGUUUGAAGUCGGACCGCGGUUUAAUUUUUCAACAGCUGAUUCAACCAACAGUGUCAGCAUUUGCCAAAAUGUUGGCUUGACUUUUAUCGAUCGAAUCGAAGUGUCCCACCGAUAUUUGCUUACGCUGGAGAAGGGCUUAUGCUCAAAAGCAGAGCUUGAGCUGCUGAUCGACGCGGUGUGCGAUCGGAUGACGCAAUGUCAGUACACAGAGGCAAACAUUCCGAAGAAUGAUUUUUAUGAGAGCUUUAAUCAACCCACCGAACGGUGGUAUGUGGUUCCCAUUUUGGAAAAGGGUAAGGCCGCCCUGAAGGAAGUAAAUGAAAAACUUGGUCUCGCCUUCGACGAGUGGGACAUGCAGUACUACACAAAUCUGUUUCAGAACGUGCUGAAACGGAACCCGACCAAUGUGGAACUGUUCGAUUGUGCUCAGUGUAAUAGUGAACAUUCUCGGCACUGGUUUUUCAAGGGAAAAAUGAUCUUGGACGGCAAGGAGGAGCGUCAGUCGUUGAUUGAGAUGAUCAUUGACACUCAGAACCAUUCCAAUGAAAAUAACACGGUGAAGUUUAGCGAUAACAGCAGUGCAAUCAGAGGCUACAUACAUAAGGACCUGCGAACAGAUCAAUUCAACGUAUCGGGGCCAUUGAAAUUGCAAACAGUGUGUUCGGAUUUGAUUUUUACGGCUGAAACGCACAAUAUGCCGACGGCGCUAUCGCCGUUCAGUGGGGCCACGACCGGAACGGGUGGUCGAAUCCGGGACGUGCAGAGCAUCGGCCGAGGAGGUCUGCCGAUUGCCGGAACCGUUGGUUACUGCGUCGGUAUGUUGAACAUUCCGGGCUAUCAUUUACCGUACGAACAGCAGCUUGAGUAUCCACCUUCGUUUGCCAGCCCGCUGAAGAUUUUGAUUGAAGCCAGUAAUGGAACUUCCGAUUAUGGUAAUAAGUUUGGGGAACCGGUUAUUUCCGGUUUUGCGAUGUCGUUCGGAGCUGUGACGGAGGACCGCGAGCGGUUGGAAUAUGUGAAACCGAUUUUGUUCAGCGGCGGAAUCGGGACGGCAGAUUCGGGUCUGACUGCUAAACUGAACCCAAAGCCCGGCAUGCUGUUGGCUAAGCUUGGUGGUCCGGUCUAUCGGAUUGGCGUGGGAGGUGGUGCUGCCAGUUCGGUUGAUGUUCAGGGUGAUAACAAUAAUGAAUUGGAUUUCAAUGCUGUUCAGCGUGGGGAUGCGGAGAUGGAAAAUAAGCUGAACCGUGUGGUUCGAGCGUGCGUCGAAAUGGGCGAUUGGAAUCCUAUUCAGGCGAUUCACGACCAAGGUGCCGGUGGCAAUGGAAAUGUUCUGAAGGAGCUGGUUGAGCCGGGUUCUGCAGGGGCGGUGAUUUUUACGAAAGAAUUCCAACUGGGCGAUCCGACCAUCAACGUGAUGGAACUGUGGGGUGCCGAAUAUCAGGAGAACAAUGCCGUUCUGGUGAUUCCGGAGCAGCAGGACAUGCUGGAAGAGCUCUGCGAACGUGAACGGUGCCCGCUUAGUAUCGUCGGUGUCGUUACCGGGAAUGGAUACGUGUCACUGGUGGACGAACCGGCUGGCGAUUUCAGCCGUUACCGGGAUCGGUCUAAGCGCCAAGAAUGGGGCGAGCUGCCAUUCGAUAUGCACUUGGAUCAUGUGCUCGGUAAAAUGCCACAAAAGGAGUUCAGAUUGCAGCGAAAAACGAUGACGCUACGGGAAUUCGAUACCAGCAAGCUUUCGCUGACGGAGGCACUCAACCGGGUGCUGUCUACGGUUACCGUCGGCAGUAAGCGGUUUUUGACAAAUAAGGUGGACCGCUGCGUAACCGGUCUGGUAGCACAACAACAAUGCGUCGGUCCGCUGCACACACCACUGGCGGAUUGUGCCAUAACGGCGGUAUCGCCGUUCGGCCUGGAGGGUAUCGCCAGCUCGAUCGGAACGCAACCCAUCAAGGGGCUGGUGAACAAUCUGGCCGGUGCACGGAUGUCGGUAGCGGAAGCCGUUUCGAAUCUGGUGUUUGCCGGUAUCAGCACACUGGCCGACGUUAAGUGCUCCGGCAAUUGGAUGUGGGCAGCGAAGCUGGAAGGCGAAGGUGCCAAACUGGUGGACGCUUGCAAGGCGAUGUGUGCCGUGAUGCGGGAACUGAACAUUGCGAUCGACGGUGGCAAGGAUUCGCUCUCGAUGGCCGCACGGGUGCGGAAUGAAACCGUCAAGAGUCCGGGAACUCUUGUCAUCUCUACUUAUGCGCCCUGCCCCGAUGUGAGGGUUAAGGUUACACCGGAUUUGAAAGCAGCAGGGUUGGCAACGGAAACAACCUUACUAUUCAUCAACAUUGAGAAUAAAUUCCGACUCGGUGGAUCAGUGCUGGCGCAGUGUUUCGGUCAACUCGGAAUGGAAACUCCGGAUUUGGAUAAAACUGACGUUUUAGUGCAAGCUUUCACCGUAACCCAAUCACUGCUGAAGAACGGAAAGCUGCUAUCCGGUCACGACGUAAGCGAAGGAGGUCUGUUAACGUGCGCCCUGGAGAUGGCAUUUGCCGGUUUGGCCGGCAUCAAGCUUGAUCUGACUGAAGUCUUCAGCAAAUGUGGCAAACAAUUCGGCCCGAAUGCCGGCCAAGCAGCGAUGCACAUUCUGUUCGCCGAAGAGUGCGGUUGGAUUGUCGAGGUGAAAUCCGACCUGGUUGCAGAGGUAAGCGAUGCGUAUCAUUCCGCUGGCGUCCCUUGUUUCGUAUUAGGCCAAGCCUACAAAACGGACAUUCACGACGACGGCUCAGUCUCGGUGGUGAUGCGAGGUCAACAGCUACUGAAAACGAGUGUGCUGAGCUUGUUCAAACAAUGGGAGCGAACAAGUUUCGAGUUAGAAAAGCUCCAGAUGAAUGAACAAUGUGCAAUUCAGGAAUAUGCCAGCUUGGACUUCCGAUGUGGCCCAACUUAUUCUUGCUCGUUCAACCCCGACUUGGUUUACGCUGCUAAGCUGAUUGGAGCCAAACCACGGGUAGCCGUCAUUCGUGAGGAAGGAACCAAUGGAGACCGCGAAAUGCGCGCAUCAUUAUACGAGGCUAACUUCGACGUGUACGAUAUCACCAUGAGUGAUUUAUUGAGUAGAAAAACCGCUCUAGAUAAUUAUCGAGGAGUUAUAUUCCCCGGAGGAUUCAGCUACGCAGAUACGCUUGGCUCCGCUAAAGGUUGGGCCGCGUGUGUUUUGUUCAGCGAAAUCCUUGCGCCUCAGUUCAAGCAUUUCCGAGCAAGAAAAGAUAGCUUUUCGCUGGGUAUCUGCAAUGGUUGCCAAUUGAUGAGUUUGAUUGGCUGGGUUGGUGCAGAUUUGACGACACACUCCGUUGACAUUCCGGAUGUUGCUUUGCUGCACAACAAAUCCGAACGUUAUGAAUGCCGAUGGACCACCCUGAAAAUUGCCCCCAGCAAUUCCAUAAUGUUGAACAAACUAACCGGCAGUGUGCUCGGUUGUUGGGUCGCCCAUGGCGAAGGCCAAUUUUCGUUUAAAUCACCGACCGUUCUGAGCCAGUUGAAGAGCAAUAAUUGCAUCGCCGUGCACUAUGUGGACGACAGCGGAAAGCCUACGGAGGUGUAUCCGAUGAAUCCGAACGGUAGCGUUGAAGGUAUUGCCGGUAUAUGCUCGCCCGAUGGGCGACAUCUGGCGAUGAUGCCACAUCCGGAACGGUGCACGAAAAUGUGGCAGUGGCCUUACGUUUCCAGUGGAUUCCAACCGCAGAUCUCACCGUGGCACUCGAUGUUCGUCGAAGCGUAUAAGUGGUGUAACUCUGAGUAAAGGUGUAUUACCGCGUUCUUUUAAGGGUUCCUUAUUUCUAAGUGAAAUAUAUAAUAAAUA